GGGGAGCGGGCGGGGGCGGGGCUCGGGGCCGUUUGGAAAGGGUCGCGAGCGCUGGGAGGUGGGGCUGUUGGCCGCGGCCAGCCUCCCGUUGGUUGCUAAGCAGACCUUGGUUACCCCGCUGGGUGAUGAUUUGGGGCCUGCCUGCCCAGACGCAGGGGAGGAGCCGGGGUACCACCACCCUGCGGGUUGCUUGCUGGGAAGUGACCAGACACUCCCCCCGCCCCCGGAGCGGGGGCUGCUGUGAACAGCCUUGGAUUCGUGCCCCCCCAUCUCCCACAAAGGGGGGAUUAGUUAAGAGGGGGCUCACUCCCCAUCCCACCUGGAGAUGUUGGAGGAGGCUGUUUGGUAGCUCAAGAAUGUGGGGCUAACCUCUCUUGUUUUAAAGGCAGUCCAUAUUAUGGUUUGGGUGGUGUGCAAUCCUUUUAUAUUACAAGUGGUUUUCCAAUUUUGGCUCUAGGGUCUGAGGCUCUCUCCCUCUCCUCCAUUUUUAAAAACAAAUGAUCUUGUUUUCCCUACAUCCACUUUUUAGGGGAGGAUUGGAUAUAUUUAUUGGAUGAUUUUUAACUCAAGGCACGUUUUGAAGAACUUCCCAUCUCCAUUUUAAUAACAUUAAAACACUUGUUUUGCUUUGGCUGGGAUGCAUGAGAUUCUUAACUGGUGAUGGUGCUGUAAGGACUUGGAAAUGUUAAUGCCCUUUGCUUUUUGCAAAGAGUGAGGUCUUCCAACCUCCAUUUUGUGUAGAAUGAUCAACUCCCACUCCCAAUAGUGCUAGCGCUUGGUUGCAUCUGUUACUGCACAGCAUUGUUGCAUCUGGUCAGUGACAUUCACUACUUGUGCAUUCAGCUGUCAUAAGACAUUUUGUGGCAUUAGUAUUCUUUAGAAUCAUGUCAGACUCAACUCCCAAAGAGCCAGAAGCUUCCAGCUCUCAGGCUGUUGUUACAGAUCCAGCUCCUGCUCCUGUUGCUGAAGGCCCAACGGAUACUUCCUUUGGUGAGCAAAACCUUAGCUUCACCACCACAGACCUCAACCUGGUGGAGAUGACAGAAAUAGAAUACACACAACUUCAACAUAUACUCUAUUCCCAUAUGGAGGCUCAAGCAAAUGAAAAUGAAGCAGAAAAUAGAUUAAAUUUGAAUUGCUUCUCAACCAAUAAUUCUGCAAAUCAGUCACAAUACAUGUCAUCGUGUAAUAACAGUCAAGGUGGCUUUUCAUCAAACAGCUCUGGAAACCAGUCUCUCUAUCCUAUUAUCUGCCAGUCUGGUUUGACUUCAGACAGCAAUUUUAUGGGUCCUAAUCAAUGUCUUGGACAUAUUGACUUCCAGGAGCUGAGAAUGAUGUUGCUUAGUGAGUCUAGCCUCCCUCCCAACCAAGCUGAAAAAACACCUAAUACUAGCUCUGCAGAUAUUUCUGCACAGAGUUUCGUAAAAGUUAAACAUAGUGAAAACCUGGGUGGGAUAAAUAAAGAAAAUGCACUUGGGGAAAAUUCAGCAUCAGUUCCUGAAUCUAGAGCUAAAUCUGCAGUCCGUGUUCGACUGGAAGACAGGUUCAACAGUAUCCAGACUGACCUUCCCAGGUGUCAGGAAGCCCAAGAAACUGGAGUGGCCAUUAACAAUUUAGUAACCCUUAUUCGCCAUCCUUCAGAAGUGAUGGGUGUUCCUCUCCACCAGCAGCAGAACAAAUGUACAACAUUAGUGAAAAAUAAGACUGCUGCUACAACUACUACUGCAUUACAGUUUACAUGCCCACUGUUUAACCCAAAUGCUGCCUCUCCUGCAACUGGAAAUGUGAACCCUUCACAAACUCAGAGCUCUUCAACCUCUGUUUUGGAAGCAGCCAAACAUCAAGACCUUGGAUUGCCUCGAGCUUUUUCUAUCUGUUACCAGCAGGAAAUUGAAGCAACAAAACAAACAGUUGGGCCUAGAAAUAAGGCACUGCCUGAACAUGUCUGGAUUAAAGUAGGAGGAGAGACUUUAUGUAAGCAGACCAUAAACAAAAGGAGUCGCAGUCGAAUACACCCCUUGGACACCAGUAUACAGCGCAAACCUCUUGGUGACAUUCAAAAUGUAUGUGAUAACCAAAGUGCUGGUUCAGGCCAGGGUACUUGGCAAACUGCGCAGCCAACCCAGAGUGCACAAAAUGGAACCCAAGGUGGUGUCUCUCAGCGCCGUGAGAGGCAUAACCGGAUGGAACGAGACCGAAGGCGCAGAAUCCGGAUUUGUUGCGAUGAACUGAAUCUUCUGGUUCCAUUUUGCACUUCAGAUACUGAUAAGGCAACAACUUUACAAUGGACAACAGCAUUUCUAAAAUACAUUCAGGAACGGCAUGGAGAUUCCUUGAAAAAGGAAUUUGAGACUGUAUUCUGUGGUAAAACAGGCAGAAGACUAAAAUUAACAAGAUCAGAUCCAACAGGCACAUGUCCAGCCCAGGAGAUUACACAGAACAGUUCAUCUAUGGAGAUUAAAUAAAUUGACUUCUAUAUUCUACAGCUGUUUACACUUUUCACCACACAGGAAGAUGUGAGACCUUCUAUUUCCAAAUUCAUCUGUUGGAAUUCUCUUAUGGCUUAAGAUAGUUGGAAAAAUACAUAAACAUUAAAUAAAAUGACACAAUUUAUUCAAAACAGGAUGGGAAAAAAAGAAAACUGACAACAUUUAUUGAUCAGUGCUGCCCUAUGACAGGUAUUGCACCAAAGGCAAUGAGAAAACAAUAUUACAACUAGUCAAUGCUACUCUCCCCCCUCUAUUUUUGGUUUUGUUUCCCAAAUAUAAAAUAAUUCAGAUGUGUUAUAGGACAAUAGCUUUUCAGUCUUGAACACAUUUGUAUUAAUGUAAAUAAUUAUUAGAAUGUCACAACCACCAGUUUGCUAAUGGAAGAAGAAAAUUUAAAUAGUUCAUAAAUGGCAAGAGAUGGUAAUUUGUAUAUAGCAACUCAUUGCUUCCGAUUCCAAAUAUUCAUCCCUGUGAAACUAAGAUACAUAUAUAUCAGUUGACACCGGCUGGCAUUAUGUACAGUACCUAUAGGUGUGGAAGAUACUGGCACAGCCACCAAUGAAGACCCAGAGCUGUUGGGGCCUCAGAGAACCAGCAGUAGUGCUACAGGCAUUACGGCCAUUCUUGCAGAUGGGAAAAACUUCAGUAACGCCAAUAGCAGUACCUCUGGUUCUCUCAUCAGCCCUGCUGCUUCGGGGUUUUCAAGCAGCAGUGGCACUGAUGUCUUCUGUAUCUGUAAGUACUAUGCAGCAUGUCAGUCAUGGUCAUGUUUUAUAAAUAUAGUACUAUUUAAAAUGAGUUUUGCACACUCCAACAAUAAAGGAAUAUUUCCUACAUAAAAACCCAUAGAAAUGAAUGGGAGAGGUACAACUGUGUGUUCUGGUGCAACUCCCAUUCACUUGAGGGAGGCUUUCAUCGGGGAAAAAUCCCAGUUGAUUGCAUCUGUAAUACUUUUAGUGCAAAAGUGGUAUUUUGUAAACAGUACAUGAUUCUAAGUGCACAUAUUUUAUUUUUUUAGACUAAUAUUAGCUGUAUUUGUUGAGAAAGCUGAAGUAUUUGAAAAAUACUAUAUUUAUUGAAUUGAAAGUGGCUUUAUCAAAACAGAUGAUGCUAGUAGGUAUUUCUUGUACAGAACUCAUCAAAAAAUAAAUACUGUUUAAAUCACGGAUA